AUGGAGAAAGCGAUCAGUUUUCCAGCUAGAGUAUUCCGAGGGAUCUCAUGGCAGAUAUCUCAGAUCUUUCAUUUAGUCGAGAAGCAUAUUUGUGACACGUACAUCAGUGAUUUUUUCAUCCUCAAAAUGUUCAGUAAACAGCGUGAAAAUAUAUUUGAACGUAAGGAGAGUAGUGAUGACGAAGUAUUGAAUUUUAGAAAAAAAGUUAUAAAUAGAAUUUCGUCGAGUUCGGACUCGGAUAUUGAGGAAGCAUGUGCAAGCGAAGGUCUCAAAGACAUGUUGGAAGAACUAACAUUUCCGUUCACCGGAAAAAGCGGACUUUUGAUGGAUUUGCCGUCUGACAUUAGCGCAAGUGAAGUGUUUUCGUUAUUCGUUGAUGAAAAAAUGAUAAGCCUUUUAGUCACAGAGACUAAUGCAGAGCAAAAAUUACAUCAACAUGAAGUGACCGGUCAAACUCGACAUAGGAGGUGGAAAGGCACUACUUCCAAAGAAAUUAUAAAAUUUAUCGAACUAAUGAUUUGGAUGUCUAGUACAGACACCGCUUGUUAUAUAAUGUCCCGUAAUCGUUUUGAAAAAUCGCUAUUGGCAAACUUGCAUUUUGCAAAUAACGAAAUUAUAGAACAGAGUAGCAGACUUGGAAAAGUUUUACUACUCAUAAACAUAUUAAUAGACAAUUACCAACAAAGUUGUUCACCAGGCAAAGAUAUUGUAGUCGACGAGACAAUGGUUCCUUGGAGGGGACGACUAACAUUCCGGCAAUACAUAUCGACGAAAUCACAUUAAGUAUGGUAUGAAGCUAUUCAA